AUGGUGCACAUCAGCGAGGUAAAGGGAAGCUCGCGCGAAAACAGGACCGCCGCGCACACCCAUAUCAAAGGGCUAGGUUUACGUCCUGAUGGCACUGCUGAGGCCUCUGGGAAUGGUUUUGUUGGCCAGGUCCCUGCCAGAGAGGCAUGCGGCGUGAUUGUCGAUCUGAUCAAAUCUAGGAAGAUGGCUGGUAGAGCGGUGCUUCUUGCUGGAGGGCCGGGAACCGGAAAGACGGCUCUGGCGCUUGCCGUCUCGCAAGAGCUGGGAACAAAAGUCCCUUUCUGUCCGAUCGUUGCUAGCGAAAUCUUCUCGGCAGAGGUCAAGAAAACAGAAGCAUUGAUGGAGAACUUCCGUCGUGCCAUUGGACUACGAGUUCGGGAAACAAAGGAAGUGUAUGAAGGCGAAGUCACAGAGCUUACACCAGAAGAGGCCGAAAAUCCUUUGGGAGGAUAUGGUAGAACGAUAAGUCACCUGGUCAUUGGCUUAAAGUCAUACAGGGGAACCAAGAAGCUACGGCUCGAUCCGAGCAUAUACGAAGCCAUCCAGAAGGAACGGGUGACGGUGGGAGAUGUGAUAUACAUAGAAGCCAACACUGGAGCGUGUAAACGUGUCGGACGGUCUGAUGCCUAUGCGACAGAAUUUGAUCUGGAGGCUGAAGAAUAUGUCCCUAUACCCAAAGGCGAGGUCCAUAAAAAGAAGGAGAUAGUUCAGGACGUCACUCUACAUGAUUUGGAUGUCGCUAAUGCUAGGCCACAAGGCGGGCAGGACAUAAUGAGCAUGAUGGGACAGUUGAUGAAGCAGAAAAAGACCGAAAUCACCGAUAAACUACGGCAGGAAAUUAAUAAGGUCGUUAACCGAUACAUCGACCAGGGAGUCGCUGAGCUUGUUCCCGGUGUCUUGUUCAUUGACGAGGUUCACAUGCUCGAUAUCGAAUGUUUUACCUACUUGAAUCGAGCCCUCGAAUCAUCCAUUUCUCCAAUCGUCAUCUUAGCCUCCAAUCGUGGCAACACUGUAAUUCGCGGCACUGAUGACAUAGUUGCUGCUCAUGGCAUACCAUCUGAUCUUCUUGCCCGUCUCCUAAUCAUCCCAACACACCCAUACAACUCUGAAGAAGUAAAGACCAUCAUCCGCCUCCGUGCCAAAACAGAAGGUCUACAGAUUACAGAAGCCGCCCUUUCCUGCCUCGCAGAGCAUGGAAACAAAGUUAGUCUGCGUUAUGCCUUGCAGCUACUGACUCCAGCUAGUAUCCUUGCACGGGUUAAUGGGAGACCAAACGGCAUCGAAGAGUCUGAUAUUGCCGAGUGUCAAGACCUGUUUAUUGAUGCAAAGCGCAGCGCCAGUAUCGUGGCCAAUGAGACGGGUGCCUUCAUUUCUUAA